AAUCGGGUAAACGAGAACUGAGUAACGGUGCGUUUGGUCGGGUUGAAGUCUCGAUCGACGACGUUGAGCGUUCUCUUCUCUGUCUCUGUCUCUCUCUUCAUUCAGGUCAAUCUGGGGCAAGGAACUGGCAAUAGCUGCGGCAUCUGAAUAAGAAUGGAGUUUGUGUGUCUUUUUGUCACCUUCACUGCGAUUGCGGUCUUAGGGCUUGCUUUUGUAGUCUUCUUUGAAGCAUAUAAGAGAAGAAACAACCAUGAGCAUAUUGAAGUUCCGGCUAUUUUCGAGGAUCCUAGCUCAUUGAAACAGGUUCCUUGCCCACAUAUUGUUGAUCCAGCCACAAAGUAUAUUUCUUUGAUUAUUCCUGCAUUCAAUGAGGAGCACAGGCUUCCGGGAGCUCUUGAGGAAACAAUGAAUUAUCUUCAACAACGCUCUUCAAAGGAUCCUUCAUUUUCAUAUGAGGUUUUAAUUAUUGAUGAUGGAAGUGCUGAUGAGACAAAAAAAGUAGCUUUUGAAUUUGUAAGGAAAUACACAGUAGACAAGGUAAGGGUCAUCCUUCUAGGAAGAAAUCAUGGCAAAGGAGAAGCAAUCAGAAAAGGAAUGUUGCAUUCACGUGGUGAACUACUUCUUAUGCUUGAUGCUGAUGGAGCUACUAAGGUCACUGACCUAGAAAAGCUUGAAAAUCAGAUUCAAGCUGUUGCCAAAAGGGAAUAUCACCAAGGAGAUUCUGGUGAUAGUGAUCCCAGAUUUAGAAUAUCUGAUAUUCCUGUUGCUGUAUUUGGUUCAAGAGCUCAUCUAGAGGAGAAAGCUUUAGCUACAAGGAAGUGGUACCGCAAUUUUUUGAUGAAGGGCUUCCAUCUUGUGGUUCUCAUGGCUGCUGGGCCGGGAAUUCGUGAUACACAGUGUGGUUUCAAGAUGUUUACUAGGGCUGCAGCCAGGAAGCUUUUUUCAAAUGUGCGAUUAAAAAGGUGGUGCUUUGAUGUUGAAUUAGUCUUUCUGUGCAAAUGGUUUAGGAUCCCCGUUUCAGAAAUUUCUGUGAAUUGGUCUGAGAUUCCAGGAUCUAAGGUGAAUCUUCUGAGUAUACCUAACAUGCUUUGGGAGCUUGUGCUCAUGUCCGUGGGGUACAGGACUGGUAUGUGGAGAGUUUCUAAUUCUACCUGAGCUUUGAUGAUCAACUUAGCUGGGAAGAAGAGGGGCAUUUUCCCUAUCAAAAGAUUCACCUCUUAUACGAGAACAUAUACUCUCAUGCCAGGCUUAAGGGACAAUAAUGCAAUAUUUAAAGUUUGUAGGACUAACCAUAACCUUCCGGAUUACGCCAUUCAGUUUGGGAUCAUGGAGGCUUUUGUCUUUUUUUUAGUAUUGCUAUUUAUAGGUAAAAAUAUAUUCAACAAAUUAUGUUGUUACUCUUGGCUGGGAAUAGUUUCUAAUCAAUCACUUUGCUUUGUAUUUUUCUUGAUCAAAAUUUUCUAUAGAUAAUUUUUAUUCCUCUCGUCCCAUUUGCAAGACGUUAUCAAAUAUUGGCAUUUUGUUGAUGGCUGCUGUAGAUUGUGUUUGCAAGCUGUGUAUUGUUCCCAUAAAACGAGAAGCUGAAACCCUUGUUCAUUUUUUGGGUUGCGCACUGUAUAAUACGAUGACUGCUGUGUUGUUUCA